AUUUUCGAUUCCGCUUUUUUUUGUUUUUUUAAUUUUCUCAUUUAUUUCCCUUUGAAGUCCCCCCCACCCCCGCUCUUUCCUUCUCUUCUUCGAAACCCUAGAUUUCGCAAUUUCCCUCUCUCUCUAGGGUUUCUCUCUCAUUCCUAUCCUCUUCUCACUUUUUCUCUCAAAUUUCUCUUUCCUUCGUAGCUUACCGAGCGAGUUGGAUUAGUGGUAGUUUAGUUAGUGAAUUGCUGGAUCUGAAAAUUACUUAAGAGAAUGGAAUUUGGCGGCGGUCACCGGAAGAGAACCAGAAACGACGCUGCUUUUAAUGGCAAUGGUGGCCACAAAAAGAACAGACAAGAAAUGGAGUCCUUUUCAACUGGUAUAGGAAGCAAAUCGAAGCCAUGCACAAAGUUUUUCAGUACUUCUGGAUGUCCAUUUGGUGAGGGAUGCCAUUUCUUGCAUUAUGUUCCUGGUGGCUUCAAAGCUGUGUCUCAGAUACUUAAUGUUGGUGGCAGCCCAGCUCUUCCACCGGCAUCCAGAAAUCAAGGUGUCCCAACCCUUUCUUAUCAAGAUCGCUCUUCUCCUCCAUCUGUGAAGUCCCGUUUGUGCAAUAAAUACAACACAGUUGAAGGUUGCAAGUUUGGUGAUAAAUGCCACUUUGCCCAUGGUGAGUGGGAGCUUGGGAAGGCUUCUGCUGCUCCAUCAUAUGAGGAUCCUCGUGCCAUGGGGCCAAUUCCAGGCAGGAUGAGUAGACACAUGGAGCAUCCACACCAAGGUCAUGGUGCUGCAGCCAGCUUUGGGUCCUCUGCAACUACUAAGAUCAGUAUUGAUGCAUCACUUGCUGGAGCCAUCAUUGGAAAAAACGGUGUUAACUCGAAGCAUAUAUGUCGUGUUACUGGAGCCAAGCUUUCCAUAAGGGAUCAUGAGGCAGACCCUAAAAAGAGGAGCAUAGAGCUCGAGGGUUCAUUUGAUCAGAUCAGUCAAGCAAGUGACAUGGUUCGCCAGCUUAUUUCAAAUGUCGGUCAAGCCUCUGGGCCUCCCAUAAAAAACCAAGCAAUGCACUCUUCUGGUGGAUCAAACAACUUCAAGACCAAGAUCUGUGAGAACUUCAACAAAGGAUCUUGCACUUUUGGGGAUAGGUGUCAUUUUGCACAUGGUGCUGAGGAAUUGCGCAAGUCGGGAAUGUGACCUCCCUUUUGCCACCUUGUCUCUUUCUACUUCUUCUUCUUCCUGUGUUAGGACAUACUCUUGUUAUAGCCUUUGCUUAUUUGGCGUGGUUAUUGAGUAUUUUGGGAUUCAAAGAUUGACAAAUGCCAUCUCUAGGUUUUUCUGUCCGCAA